AUGACAUUCACAGAGCCGAUUGUGACCUUCUUCGACAUCUAUACUGCAUUUCUCUUCGGACUUCUCAACGCCUUCUUUGCAGCUUUCUCCUGGGUUUUCCAGAACACUUAUGGUUUCAAUUUAGGAGCGAUUGGACUGACAGAUCUCGGACAAGCAGUUGGAUCAAUCACUGGUUGCGUAGUCAUCGUUUACACGUCCAAGAUCGUGUGGGUCAAGGAGACAAAUCGCAUGAAAGAGUCUGAUCCUAACGCGAGACUCCCACCUGAACGCAAACUUAUCAUUGCGAAGCUAGGUGCAGUUCUGCUUCCCAUCGGCCUCUUCAGGUAUGGAUGGACUGCUCAAUAUAGAGUUCAUUGGAUCUCUCCCGUCAUCGCUGAGGGUUUCUUCAGCUGUGCCAAUAUCUUAAUCUUCACGUGUGCUCUGAUGUUCUUGCAAGAUUGCUACGGCGCCAAGUAUGGCGCUUCUGCUGCGAGCAGCAAUACUUUCGCACGUUAUUCGACAGCUUUUGCCUUCUCUUUGUUCGCAAUUCAGAUGUUCGAAGGGGUGGGAACCGGAUGGGCAUGCUCUAUCCUCGGAUUCUUCUCAAUCCUGUUUUGA